UGUUUACCAAUUCCACUAUUUCCAUUCUACACAAAUAAAAUAUAUAACACAUUAAGACAUCUAUAUAUAUUCAUCUCACUAACCAAAAAAAAUAUACUCCAUCAUUCUCAAAGGAACAAAGAAAAAAAAAAUUAUAAGUUGUACUUAAUUUUGAGUUUGUUUGAUAUAAGGUAUGCCUGAAUCGAACUUGAACGGAGCCUAUUAUGGCCCGUCCAUCCCGCCCCCUUCCAAAUCUUAUCAUCGCCAUGGACGGGGAAGCAGCUGCAACCCAUGCAGCUGUCUCUUUGGUUGCCUAUGCAAUUGCAUCUUUCAAAUAAUCUUCACUAUUCUCAUCGUCCUUGGAGUCAUUGCGUUAGUCCUAUGGCUUGUCCUACGUCCUAACAAGGUCAAAUUCUACGUAACUGAUGCUACGUUGACACAAUUUGAUUUGUCCACUGCCAACAACACCCUUUACUAUGAUCUUUCCCUCAAUAUGACUAUAAGGAACCCUAAUAAAAGAAUCGGGAUUUACUACGAUUCGAUUGAAGCUAGAGGUAUGUAUAAAGGUGAGAGAUUUGCUAGUCAAAAUUUGGAACCGUUUUAUCAAGGUCACAAGAAUACUAGCAGUUUGCAUCCAGUGCUUAAAGGACAAAGUUUGGUUCUAUUGGGGGAUAGAGAGAAAUCAAAUUACAAUAAUGAGAAGAAUUCUGGAGUUUAUGAUAUUGAAAUGAAGCUUUAUAUGCGUAUAAGGCUAAAGAUUGGUUGGAUUAAAACACACAAAAUUAAGCCCAAAAUUGAAUGUGACAUCAAGGUUCCUUUGGAGUCCAAUGGAAGAUCAUCUGCUAAUUUUGAGGAAACUAGAUGUCAUCUUGAUUGGUAGAAUUUUUUUUCUAUCAUGGCAUAAUUUCUUGAUCUACGUUUUACCAUGGAGCUUUUUUGUGUACCUUUUUUUCUCUAUUUUGUUUGGAUUUACUAUGUUCAUUGGACAAUGGUUGAUAUUCUUGACUAGGGGAUUUCACUCCUUUUUGUUAUUUGGAUAUAUUUGUUUUGUUAAUAAAUAAUGAGUUCCUUA